CUCCUUGUUUUCACUUCCUGUUUUGUAAAGGGAGUCACUCAACAUAGAUUCGUUCAUUUCAGCUUUACAGAGGUGUCUUUUUUCCUUAGUUCUUCACCCAGGAGGUUAAUUAAACGCUGUAAUAUCUCACAUUUUAAUGGAGGGUGGAUUGAUGAGCUGUCCGCGGUCCUGAUGGAUUUUACCUAGAUGGUUUUGUUUUCCAGUCCGGUUCAUGGUUUCUGUCUCUUCCCUUUACUGGAAUGAUUCUCAGUCCAGUUGAAAACUUUACAGCCUUGGUUUAAAAACACAAGAGACAUGUCAGAGCUGUAGAGGAAGUGUGUGCUUCGUUUGCACUUUCGUCUUGUUUUGUUUGUGUGAACUUUUUACUUUCUCAUACGGAUCCGGUGGUGAACGUGUCCAUGGCCGAGCUGAACGUGGCGCUGUGCUGCUGCUGCCGAAAGGCUCUGCCUGUGGCCGGUAAAGCUCGGGACGGGACUCGAUCACUCGGUCGCUGCCGGCUGGUGGACGUCGCCUCGGCAUCCAACUUUCACAGCUUCUCAUUGCGUCACUUCCACCUGGACCUGCGAGUGAACUUCGGCUUGAAGAGGAUCACCGGCUGGCAGGUUCUUGAGCUGGCGACGCUGCAGCCCGGUGUACAGACUCUGGUGCUGGACGCGCACCCGUCUUUACUGAUCCACUCUGUAGACUGUAAGGUCCCAGGCACGUCCGGAUCUCCUGAUAUCAUGUUUUCUCUCUCUUACAACCUCGAGUCAUUCACAGACUACGGGUCCUCGCUCCGUAUCGCACUCCCCGUGUCCGCCAUCCGGCCACACCGACCUUUCAGGGUCACCAUCCGCUACACCACUACUGAUGGACCUGCGAUCUGGUGGUUGGACACAGAGCUAACGUGUGGUCAGACUCGGCCGUUGGUCUUCACUCAGGGUCACUCCGUGUGCAAUCGUUCCUUUUUCCCUUGCUUCGACACUCCAGCUGUCAAAAGCACCUACUCCGCUACCAUCAGGGUUCCAGAUGGGGUGACUGUGCUAAUGAGUGCCUCCAGGAGUGUGUACUCUAAGCAGGACCGGCUGUUCCAGUUCUCUAUGGAGUACCCUGUUCCUGCCUAUUUAGUGGCACUGGUGGCUGGAGAUCUACAGCACGCAGACAUCGGCCCCAGGAGCCGUGUGUGGGCUGAGCCCUGUCUCCUGACCUCCGCUGUUAGUAAACUGGGAAGCAGUGUGGAGCGCUGCCUUGACGUGGCCGAGCAGCUCUUUGGCCCUUAUGUCUGGGGCAGGUACGACAUUGUAUUCCUCCCUCCUUCAUUCCCUAUUGUGGCUAUGGAGAACCCGUGUCUCACCUUCAUCAUAUCCUCCAUUCUGGAGAGUCAGGAGUUCCUACUGAUUGACGUCAUUCAUGAGAUCGCUCACGGCUGGUUUGGAAACGCCGUCACCAACGCCACCUGGGAGGAGAUGUGGCUCAGUGAGGGACUAGCUACGUAUGCACAGAGACGCAUCACUACAGAGGUUUAUGGCGAAGCCCUCACCUGUCUGGAGACGGUCUUUCGUUUGGACGCGCUGCACAGACAAAUGCGUCUUCUUGGAGACAACAAUCCAGUCAGCAAGCUUCAAGCCAAGUUUGAGCCAGGGGUUAACCCCAGCAGUCUGAUGAACCUGUUCACGUACGAGAAAGGCUUUUGCUUUGUCUCGUACCUCUCCCAGCUGUCCGGCGACAUCAAACGGUUCGACACUUUCCUCAAGGCCUACAUCGAGCAGUUCAGGUUCAGCAGCGUCGUUGCUCAGGACCUGCUAGAUUUCUUCCUGGGAUUUUUUCCUGAGUUGAAGGAAAACUGUGUGGCGCAACGAGAGGGACUGGAGUUUGAGCGCUGGUUGAACGAGUGCGGUCCUCCUCUGUGUGAACCGGAUCUAUCUGCUGGCGUCGUGCUGACCGGGCCUGUCCAGCACCUCUGUGAGCUCUGGAGCAUGGAGUCUCCUGACCGCCAAGCUAUUGCAAGCUUCGACAUCUCCACCUGGAGCACCUUCCAGACUGUUCUCUUCCUGGACCGAUUGCUGGACCGCUCACCUCUACCACCAGAGGUGAUGAGUGUCCUGUCGAGCUGCUACUCGGUUCUGCUGGACGGCAUGAACGCCGAGGUCCAGAUUCGCUGGCUGCAGGUUGUAGUAAGGAACAGCUUUUAUCCUGACCUGCAUCGUGUUCGCAGUUUCCUGCACAAACAUACCUCACGCAUGUACACAGUGCCUCUGUAUGAAGACCUGUGCGGAGGAGUCCUGAAGUGUUUCGCUGUCGAGGUGUUUUACCAAACACAGGAUCGCUUACACCCCAACCUGCGCAAGGCCCUGCAGCAGAUUCUAUUCCAAACCAGUGCAGUAAACACCUCCAGCACCCCGGCCCUGGUCGGCCAGACCCAGUCCACUCCGUCGCCACCCCCAGACCCACCCACUAACGGGACCAUGGCCCUGCUAGAUGUCAACGUGUCGGCGUGACCCUUUAGAGAGCUGCAGGGUCACACAGUAAGUGAACUGAGAAGCAAGCGGAGACUCCCGUCACCGUAGGCCAACCCCCUGUGCGUGUGUGUGUGUGUGUACGUGUGUGUGUGUGGGUGCGUGCACACUCUCUCCAACACUGGGAUUUUUACAUGCACCUUCAAUAUUCAUAUUUAAGCUGCUCAAGUUUUGUGGAAAGUGGAGGACAUACAACAUGUACUGUGUUUAAAGAUGGUUAUAUUUUGUGUGUGUGAGAGAGAGAGAGAGAGAGAGAAAGAAAGAAAGAAAGAAAGAAAGAAAGAGAGUAUUUUGGUGUCUGUGUGUGUCUGUCUGUGUGUCUGUGUGUCUGUGUCUGUCUGUGUGUGUGUGUCUGUGUGUGUGUUUGCACCUUGAAAACCUCAGAUCACACAAUGUGACUUGUAAUGAACUCCGUAUCAGAGACUGGAACUAAAAGCCAGCUAGUGACCUGUAAAAGCUGCUCAUAGUUUAAUGAUAGACUUUGGCCAAAAACAAAAGGUACACACAGUUUUCCUUUUAAUGCAGAUCAACGACGAUUAGUCGAGGCGUGUCCGGAGCGGCUUCUCCUUCUUUCGGCUGGAGCUCAUGGCCUCUAGUUUAAUGUUGUUUAUACAUUUACAUUCCUAAAUCAGACACCAGCGCAGCGAGCGGUUGACAGAAUCCUCCACCCUGAAGCACAUUAAAUAAGUUCCUGUUGAAAUAUUAAUGAUUCUUUUGCUAUUUUGUCAGUAGGUGGGAUACGAGAAGGUAGUGAUUUUCUGCUGCAGUGUCGUCAAUGGUGGAAAACCGUUAAGGAAAAAUAGACCGGCCUGGAAAAUAAAAACUAAAACAAGAAAAGAAAUAAAAAAUUAAAAAAUCAAAUCCGGAUUUUAAUAUUAAUCGGAGAUAAUCAGAGAUGUGAAUAAUAAAGUCAUUUAAUAAUGUCAUAAUAAUGUCAUAAUAAUGUCAGUGAAUAAUGUCAUUUCCCCCCCCAAAAAAUCUAUCACUUUAUAGCCAGAGACACUUUCUUCCUCAGAAAAUAAUUCAGUGUCAGUCCACACAAACAUCGACUCUAGCGAAAGCUCUGAGCUGAAGUCAAUGCAAAUUGUGCAUGAGAAGCGAUUCAGAUGAUCAUGUAGCGUUGAUAUAUAUUGCAUAUUUAUUUGUUGUUGUUGUUGUUGUUUUUUUUUUAUAAAUUAAGAUAUGAAUAAUUACGGUAUUUUAUCAAACUGUGUAUAAAAAAUUGGACUAAAUCAGCCGAUUCGUGUCGAAGUUAAACAUGUGAUCUUUUAGACUACAGGCAACGGAAGCCGAUGACUGAUGUUUGCGUUGAGUUGAAAUGGCGUCAUAUUCAAUUUUGGCCAAACGAUCACUUUUAAACCGAAGCCUCACGCGAAAGUAUGUUCCGUUCAGCCGUAUUCCAGAUUAGUCCUGAAUGAGUCUGACUUCCUCAUGAGGAUAAUGGCAUAAAUGCACAUUGGAUAAAAAAAGAACUAUUUCUUUGUUAUCUUUCUUGAAUGGUUUAUUUGAUUAUCCAAUCCUGGAGUCUUUUUCUUCUCCUCUUACCUCGAGUGGACUCUCAGGUGCGUCAGUGCUGAAGUGGCGGAGACACGUCGGUGCCUUUGAACGAAAGCUUUCAACACUCUUAAAUAUGGCUGCCCAAACUGACGAGCAUCUUCCUUACACUCUAAGCCAUAUUUGGGACAUUUCUGAUGUCAGUGUUGGAGAGAAAUCUCCUGCAGGUUCCCUGUAUAUCAUGCACACUUUUAUCAUUCUGUUUUUUUUUGUUUUUUUUUUUUCCUAUUUUUUUUUUUGUUUUGUUUGUGUUUUUUAAAUGAGAUCGGGUUAUUAGUUUGCCACCUUUUUGUUUUUUUUUCAGCCUCGUUUUAAACAUACGUUACAGAUUUCCAUGUCAACACUUUUUUCCUCGACUCCAUUUUGUUAUUUGUUGUUUUUUGACCUUGAAUGCCUUUAAUAUUAGACUAAAUGCAACACAAUAAAUGCAAAAAGAGGUUUUAAGCUGUUGGGCCAGUGGGUUGGUUGUGAGAAUGUGUGUGUGGAUCAACAUCAAACACCAGAGGCCUUAAUAAACAAAGCCAAAACUGGUUUGGUUUCUGUUUUAAAGAAAAUAAAUGUCAUGAAAAUAAAGUGGUGUUUUUUGUUA